GUCUUAUAUAAGUUGCGCCGAGACUUCUCUGCCAUAACAACUGCUCUAGCUACGUUUCCAUCAUGUACGAACUAAAGUUUUCGCGUUUUCUUGUGCUUAUAUUAAUCAGUGUGGCUUGUGCCCAACAACAGUGCACCAGGUUCUAUGACUUGCAGCCAAAUCGAAUGAUAAAUAUCACCAGCUUCAAUUAUCCGGGAGCUCUACCAAGUGGUAGUAACUGCCGAUUUCGCUUGAAAGCCCCCAGCAAUCAUGUGAUCUAUUUGAGUUGUCGCUUUGAGUUGUUCCCAGACACCUGUGGCUCGGAGUUCCUGUUCAUCUCCCGGGAUGGUGACCUCCAGUUUCGGGAUGGCGAACGCUACUGCCGAAUGGGUCAGGUCAACCGGAUAUCGAACUUCCAGACCAUGGCCUUCGCCUACUAUUCGAGCACUCCGCAGACCCAGCAGCGAUCCCGACUUAACUGCCAAGCGGUGGCCCGUCCGGCGCCCUGCGACUGCGGCUGGUCCUUCCCGACCCGCAUUGCCAACGGAGUGGAGGCGGGAAAGCACGAGUUUCCCUCGAUGGUGGGCCUCCGCGACUUGGCCUCCAACCUGCCCAUCUUCUGCGGCGGGAGUAUCGUCAGCGAUCGGUUCAUCAUGACCGCUGCCCACUGUACCGCUCGCCAGCCAGUGGCUAGCCGCCUUUUGGCACUUGUCGGGGAGCAUGAUCUAAGCACGGGUAGCGAAUCGAUCUACUCGGCGCAACAUCGCAUUCAAAAUAUCUAUAAUCAUCCCGGCUACAUGGAAACAGCGUCUGGCAACAUUAAUGACAUAGCCCUCCUCCAGACGGUGACGCCCAUGGAAUGGUCCAGGGGAGUGGCGCCCAUUUGUCUUCCAAUUCGACAGGCAGAGAGUAGCUUCAACUAUCAAAAUGUAGACAUCACGGGGUGGGGAACCCUGGGCUUCGCUGCCUCCAAGUCGAACACCCUGCAGAAGACCACCCUGCUUACCAUGGAUAAUGCCGUGUGCCGAGCUCGGUUUAACUCCAGCAUCACUCCCAGCCAGCUCUGCACCUACGAUGCUGGCGGCAGGGGCCAGGACUCGUGUCAGUACGAUUCCGGUGGUCCAGUGAUCCUGCGUCAGCGGGAGCGGAUGUUCCAGCUGGGCGUGAUCAGCUUUGGCCGGGCCUGCGGUCAGCCCUUCGGCAUUGGGGUCAACACCAGGGUCACAUCGCACCUCAACUGGAUGUGGCGUUAUGUGGGCGGGGCGGUGUGUGUGCGUUAAAGAUACGCACCUGACGGAUGACCAUAUUUACACACUGAGCGAGUAGCGAUCCCAGUAAU